AUGAACGGGCAAGAGGCCGACUCUCGGCCUCCGAAGCGUGUCAAGCUUGAUUCAAGUCAAGCCGACGUCACGAUCGAGGGCACCUCAACCAUGGCUCACCAAGGCCAUGAGAGCCACAUUCAGCAAGGCCCGCUUGUGUCGGACGAUACGGCCAAGGAGAGACAGGUCGGUAUCACUGCUUUCGUCGACGAGACCCGACCUGUCUUCCGAGGGAUUCUCAAGAAGCGGUACACGGAUUUCUUGGUUAACGAGAUCUUGCCAAAUGGAACCGUGGUUCAUCUGAGCUCGAUCAAGGUACAGGACCAGGCUGUGCUGCCUAAGCCUGGGAGUACUGCCUCUGCUGUGAAUCGAAAGUCAAUGCAGACAGAUCAGGAGACUGUGCCAGAGCAGCCUACUCCCGAAGGAGAGACGGGAGAAAAAGGACCAAACGUUGAGAAGACGAUAGGACCAGAGGCUACGAAGGGACAAGACGCGAAUGGAGAAUCCGCACAGGUGAGUUUCCUUCCUUCUUCGAGCCCUACCAAAGUAACAAAGAACCAGAUCCCCGAGGCCGACCACGCCAUACUUCUGGGAUACUUCUCCGACGAAACAGUCGGUCUGAUGUCUUCUCUCUACCAAUCAAUCCUGCGCCACCCAGACUGGAAAUCGAGAGACCACCCCAUGGUCCGUACAGACUUUACCUCCGACCGCAAUAUCCGGUCCCAGAUCCAUCAAAAUAUCCGCCGGAUCUUCAACAGCAAGAUCGACUCUUCAACAGACAAAGAUGGUAUCCUCGUGCUCACCGCAUCACAUACGGCGUCACCCAAUAAUCGUGACCGCAACCGUGGCGGGAACAGCAAAUCGAACAAUGAUCGAUCCUCUCGACCCAACAAACUCAGCUGGCAGGACCGCGGCGGCGAAUAUCUCCACUUUUCUCUCUACAAGGAGAACAAGGAUACUCUGGAGGUCGUCUCGUAUCUGACGAAGCAAUUGAAGACGAACACCAAGACAUUUCAAUUCGCCGGCACAAAGGAUCGACGCGCUGUGACUGUGCAGCGAGUUAGCGCGUAUCGGGUGGAGGCGGAGCGGCUAGCGGGGUUGAAUCGAUCUUUGAAAUAUGCGGCCGUUGGGGACUUCGAGUACCACAAGCAAGGCCUCGAACUUGGCGACCUUAGUGGGAACGAAUUCGUCAUCACCUUGAGAGAUUGCCGGCUCGAAGCUUCCUCUUCUGACGAUGUCGCUGGUGAGCGGAAAGCCGACCUCCAUUCCUAUUUGCACACAGCACUUCACCGACUCCGCGAGAAAGGCUUCCUCAACUUCUACGGGUUACAACGAUUCGGCACCUUCGCAACCCGUACGGACAUUGUCGGCCUUCAUAUCCUCAAAGGAGACUUCAAGAGUGCGUGCGACUCGAUCCUCGAAUUUUCACCAUCGGCCCUCAAUGAAGCUGCGUCGGAGACUGGUGUUCUUGUGGGCCAGGAUGAUCGGUCCCGAGCCGAAGGUAUCAAUCUCUGGCGUAACACGGGUAGGAUCAACGAAGCGCUCGACAAGAUCCCUCGCAAGUUCUCCGCCGAGUCGAAUAUUAUUCGACACCUCGGUAGGCAUCGACAGGACUAUCUUGGCGCGCUGUUGAGUAUCCAGCGGAACCUGAGGCUUAUGUACGUCCACGCCUAUCAGUCUUUGGUGUGGAAUCUUGCGGUCGGUGAGCGCUGGCGCUUGUAUGGAGACAAGGUCGUGGAGGGUGACCUUGUCCUUGUCCGCGAGCACAAGGACAAAGAAAUGGAUCCUGAGUCGGCCGCCCGAGAGACCGUCGACGCGGACGGUGAAAUCGUCAUAGAACCUUCCGGCGACGACAGGGCGUUUGACAAGGACGACAUGUUCGAACGAGCCCGCGCAUUGACCGCGGAAGAAGCAACAGGUGGGGAAUACUCAAUCUUUGAUAUUGUCCUUCCUCUUCCAGGAUUCGAUGUGCUCUAUCCGGCCAACGCGGGCGGGGAAUGGUAUAAGACCUUCAUGGCGAGCGAGGCUGGUGGUGGACUCGAUCCAUACAACAUGCGACGCAAGCAGAAAGACUUCAGUCUCAGCGGCGGAUACCGGAAAAUACUGGCACGCAUUGGUGAGGUCUGGGAGGUCAAUGUACACGAGUAUUGUGGUGAGAAAGAAGGGGAGAAGCAGUUCGUGGAGACCGAUUUGGAGCGGAUCAAGAAACAUGACCAAAAGGCCAACCAGGGAGUGGAUCAGACUACGGUUUCAGAUGAUGCUGCGAUUGCUGUAGAGGCGCCAAAACCGCCGCAACAGGCCUUGACUGAGCAGUCUCCGGAGGCGCAAUACACCAACAAACUCGCGGCGGUGCUCAAGUUCCAACUUGGCUCGAGCCAAUACGCCACCAUGGCGCUGAGAGAGCUGUCGAAGGGAGGUGUCCAAGCGUACAAGGCGGAGUUUUUGGGCGGGCGGUAG